AUGUCGUCUUUGGAAGAAAUUAUUCAGCAGGUCAACUCGAGAAGACUGUGGCGAGGCGCGGCAUUGUUGGCCCUCGCCGCUUUCUCGUCGCCUGUGUUUGUGCUGACCCUGGCUCCGGUGUACGGCUCUGCUCCGUCGCAUAUCUUCCACGGCUAUGGGGUUGCCAUUACUGCUGCGAUCGGGUGGUUUCUCAAGGAUGUUAUUCAGCAGUUGACCAACCGCCGGGCUGUGUAUCUACUCCCAGUCGUCGCAUUCUGGUACCCCACCAUCCAGUACUUUUUGCUCCAGCAGAGCUCCUCCUUUGGGAACCCUACCGGUGCCGUGAUCACUGAGGUGGUUGCCUUCUAUCCUUUUGUUUUGCUCUCCGUUGCCUGUGCCGCCAAAUUGGUGCAAGCUGGCCUCAACCUUGAACGCUAUGGUGAUAUUGCCAAAGAGCAUGUCCCCCUCAUUAGCUCGUAUGUCGUUUAUACUUUCGCAGAGAAGCUUGCGAAAUCCUUCAUUGCGAGGUUUAUCGGUUCAUUCUGGCUUUUCUCAAGCACAGGCCUUCAGUUCUUCGUGGCAAUCUUGUGCUCUACCGUCAUUCCAUCUAAGUGGCUCCUCUUGGCCAUUCCCUCCAUCCUCUUCACACUCACCUCUAAUGUGCACCUGCCUUUGGGAAUCACAACAUCGGGGCUCAGAUCCACGCUUAAUGAGGAGGGAUUUGCACUAGUGGACCGGCAGGAGUCCUCAACCGGUUAUAUAUCGGUUUUGGAUAGUCUUGAGGAUGGCUUCCGGGUGAUGCGAUGUGACCAUAGCCUCCUUGGAGGCCAGUGGACCAAGACCUAUCGCAACUACAACCCCAAGGUUCAGGACCCGAUUUAUGCAGUUUUCUCUUUGCUCGAGGCCGUCCGGCUGGCGGAAACGGACCACGGAGCUCACCGAGUAGACGCAGACAGCAAGGCACUGGUCAUUGGACUUGGAGUCGGUACUACACCUGCUGCACUCAUCACUCACGGGAUCGAGACCACCAUUGUCGAGAUUGACCCUGUCGUCCACAAGUUCGCCAGCAAAUACUUCCACCUCCCAUCUAACCACAUUGCAGCCAUCGAAGACGCCACACUGUUCGUUGACCGCGCUUUGAAAUCUCCCAAGCCCACCCAAUAUGACUACAUCGUCCACGACGUGUUCACUGGCGGCGCAGAACCAAUUGAGCUCUUCUCCAUUGAGUUCCUCGGAGGUCUUAACUCUCUCCUUAAGGAAGACGGUAUCAUCGCAAUGAACUACGCUGGUGACCUGUCCCUUUACCCGGCCGCCCUCACCGUCCGUACCAUCCAAGCCGUCUUCCCGUCUUGCCGGUUUUUCCGUGAAGACUCAGGCGAAGAGGGCAACGGAGAUUUCACGAACAUGGUCAUUUUCUGUAAGAAGGACUCUGCUACUCCUCUUCGUUUCAGGGAUCCUGUCCCUGCCGACUUCCUGGACAGCAAGUUCCGUGAGACAUACCUUGUGCCCAAGCAUGAGAUUGAUCCGGCUAUUUUCACCACCGUCACCGGUGGACAGCGUGUCCUGAGGGCCAAGGACACCGGUAAGCUUUAUAGGUGGCAGGACCAGGGUGCUCUGGAGCACUGGGGUAUCAUGAGGAAGGUUCUGCCAGAUGCUGUGUGGGAGAAUUGGUAG